AAUUUCUACCAUCUGUUCCGAUCAAAAAUUUAGAACUCAUGUUUCCCUUGUGUUUUUUUUUCGCUUUGAAAGUAUUUUGAGCAAGCAUAUGAUCACACUCAUCCAUCAAUCAUCAAUCGAUCAUUUCAAUUGCUGAUGGAUUUUUAGUUGUCGUCAGGAGAAGAUUCCAGAACACAAAGUGUCUUUCAUCUCUUCCUAUAAUUUUUUCACCAACUCCCCAAAAUGUUCCACUCAUUUUUAAUAUACUGCUUACUAGUUACUAUCGUUUUUGCACAAUUUUCUCCAACUAAUGAAACUGUUGUUCAUCAUGACGGUCGUCUCUGGGAUGUAGUCAUAGAGACUUGUGACAAAGAUGGUGCUGGAACAGACGCCGCAUCAUAUUUGAAAGUAUUCUAUGAAUCUGGACAUGAUUCUGAAACUUUUCAUCUCGAUAACCCAGGAAGAAACGAUUUUGAACAAGGAUCUCGUGAUCAUUUCAAGAUUUUCUUUAAACAAUCCGAUAUUGUCAAUAUGGGACUAUUCUGGUGGCCUGGAUUCAGUUUAAGCCAAUCUUGGUGUGUUAAUUGGAUACUUCUUCUAAAUUCUGACACUGAAGCUUGUUUUGAAGGAAUUUUUGAGAAAUGGAUUUUACAUUACCGAGAUCCUCCAACCUAUGCUACAAGAUUUCAUCGUCUUCGAUAUGCGGAUUGUGUUCGUCCAGGUCCAUCAAAUGCUGACAGAAGAACUUAUUUACGAUAUGAUGAUAUUGUACGAAACAGUGGAGGUACUGUUGAUGAUAAACAUGAUGAUGAUGAUUAAAAUUGUUGAUAGAUUCAAAUGCCGACUAUCUAAAAAUAUAUACUGCUUAAUAAAACUCAAAUUGGCUUUCAAAGACUGAAUUUAUAAUUGUUCAAAAUUUAUAAAGAAAAGGCUUGCAGCGGCCCUAAAUUUGUUUCAAUUUAAUUACUUCUUCCGGCUGCUAAUAGUUGGAGGUUUGUUUUUGAGCCUUUUAUUCUAACAUUUAAAACAGUAAUAAAAAUUUUUGAGAAGGAUUACCGAAGUGUCAUUAUCAAAUUCGGUAGUCUGUGUUCAUUUUGAUGUUUUUUAAGCACCAUAUUUUCCAUUUCACCAUAUUUAAGUUAAUGCUUACUACGUAAACACUUGUUAGAAUAAAUAUUUUAUUUUGAAAA